CUUGACUGAGUGUCUCCUGACACCGGGCUCGUGUCCGUGUGUCCCAAGGGAAUUCUUUGCUGCAAAACCAGCUCAGAGUCUGACCACGAGUACUGGACACAGAAAAAAUACUUUUAUUUUCUGUGUAGCGUAGGCAAGCGCGUAUUAACACCAUAGGCCACGUCCUGCUGCUUGCCCGGACCUGGGGCACAUCCCCGGUAGUACUGGUUUGUGCUGGUUUGCUAUUUAAAAGUGAUUUUUCUUCCUCUUCGGCUGCUGUCUCGUUAGGGUGGAGGGUGUUCGUGGGGGCAGGAGCAUCGUGGCUCUCCGUAGCGGAGAUUUGCUGACUUUCACUCGGAAGAACGAUCGCCCGAAGCUGUGUCCCUCCCACUCGAACAGCCUCAGGAACCGAAGUUCCCAGGCCUUGAUAAACCAGGGUGGCUUGUGCUGGUCCGAGUCCGGUAGCCAUGACGUGUGGGCUCCCCCGUCCCGGAGCUCUGCAGCAGCUGCUCCGAGUACGGGCACGGAGGAGUGUUGGGGACAUGGAGAAGUGUUGGGGACACGGAGCCGCCUCCCCGCCUGUGUUCACCUUGCGCUUGCCUUGGGACCAGUGGAGACGAAAAAUGCCUAAACUGGACCUGUCUGUGUUUUCUGGGAGAAAAAAAAAUAUUCCACAAUUCCUGAAUGUUCUCCGUUAUAAUAUAUCCUAGUUAGCAAAAAAAAAAAAAAGAAAUAAAAAUAUAUGUAUACACUAAAAUCGGUGAGAAUUGAACUGGGGGGGAAAAAACAUCAAGUGCACCUCCAAAAUCAAAUCGCUUGAGUCAAGGUUUCCAAUUUCAAUUUGAAUCGGUCACUGGAAUGAAUUCAUCUUUCCACAGCCGAGCCAUGCCCUAGAUAUUCCGAACUCCUUAAUUGCGCGCUGAUUGCCCGCACGUGCACGCGUGGUUGAGCAAGAGCCGUGCUCGUGAAGUGACGAAUGAGUUACCCCUUCGCGGGUGUUCGGGAGCUGCUGCCGUAACCCCUCUUGCUCACAGGUGUAUUUAUAGAAACCGGUUUAUUUCCUGGCUGCGCUCUUGCUGCAGCCGGGGCUUAUUUACACGGAUUGAUGUAAACAAGGGUAAAAAAAACUGCCCCGGCACCUUGUGCCCGGUUUGUGUUCGAUAAAACAGCCCUUGCCACGGCCGUUUGAAGGGCCAGCGCUGAUCUGUGUUGCAGAGGCUGCCUGUAAGCAGGAAAAAUGAAUCUGUUGGGGCUUUUUCAGUAAUUCCUAUUUAUCGGGUAACCUGGCUGUAAUCCUGCCGCCCGGACGCGCUGGGAGCAGGGACGCCUUCGCGGGUGAGGCUUCGGGCAGGGCUGAGGUUGGUGGGGCAGAGCCCGGCACGAGCCGCGGGGCCGGCUCGGUAGGGCCCAGCUUAGUCACUUCCUUGGGGACGUUCCUUGGGUGCUCCUACCUCCGGUCUGGGAGCCCCUCCUGAGCCUCCGAAAGUUGGAGCAAAAUGGCGAGGAGUUCUCUGCCUUCCCAGGAACGGACCUUCUCGCGGGCCGGCGCGGACAGGCACAGCAGAGAACUGACUGUGGAGACCCGAAAAGGGGUGAGAAGACCCCCUGCUGCAGGGGGUGAAACCAGACCCAGCAAAGCCUGGAGACAAACAGUUCUCAGGAUGGUCCCGUCUCGCAGCUGCUCCUCAGCCUCCGCGCUGCAGUCACCUGGACGAAGGUGGAGAACCUCAGCCGGCUUCCACCAUGUCCCCGCUCUGCUGGGACGCCAGGCUUGGGAGAAAAAUCGCCAUCCUUGCUCUCGUGUGGAUGUAACACCCCGGUGUCCUCCGUCACGAGCCUGGAGCUGUCUUCCAUCAGCUGGGAAGAAGAAUGUCCCCGCUUGUCUGACGAGGCGCUGUGGCUUGUUCCCCGGAUUCCCCGGCUCGACGAGUCCUUACUCAUCCGCUGGUUCAGAGCGGGGAUUUCACGAGACCCCCUCCGAGCCCCACGAGGACAUUUCUCGGCUGGCGGCCGGGUGGAAGCAGAAGCGGGAGAGCCGUCGGUGGCGGUGGGUCUCCCGGCGGUGUUCCUGCGGCGGGGCUGGGUGGGUGCUCAGCGCCCGUUCCGGAGUCCAGAGGCACCUGGACGCGACCGAGGCGUGUCGGGAAACCUGAUGCCUCACCUCCGCCGAUGUGGAGGCGGAGGGAGGAGGGCCCAAAGACAUGUCCCUUCACGCUCGCAACAGCUGAAAACAGAGAAGGAAACUCGCUAGAGCCUUUUGCAGCAGCGCAGGCGGCCUCGCUGUCCCUGUCUCACCCCAGGAGCCCUCCCGCACUCCAGUACUCUGGGGGGGUGGCAGUCCCGCUCCCGCCGGGCGAUGAACAUCGCAAGGAGAAGAGGCUUUUACAGACAGGAGGUGAACAAAACCCUCUGGGAGCUGCCCAGGAGAUACACGUCCCUCCACCCCGUGGGGUCGGGAGCCUACGGCUCCGUCUGUUCAGCCAUCGACAAGAAGACAGGGGAGAAAGUGGCUAUCAAGAAGCUCUGCCGCCCGUUCCAGUCAGAGAUCUUUGCCAAGAGAGCGUACAGAGAGCUCAUGCUGCUGAAGCACAUGCAACACGAGAACGUCAUUGGGCUGCUUGACGUCUUCACCUCCGCCGCCUCCUACCAGGGAUUCCAGGACUUCUACCUGGUGAUGCCGUACAUGCGGACAGAUUUACAAAAGAUCAUGGGACAUGAAUUCAGUGAUGAAAAGAUCCAGUACCUGGUCUACCAAAUGCUGAAAGGGCUGAAGUAUAUCCAUUCGGCCGGCAUCAUCCACAGGGACCUGAAGCCAGGAAACCUGGCUGUGAACGAAGACUGUCAGCUAAAGAUCUUGGAUUUUGGCUUGGCCAGACACGCUGAUGCUGAGAUGACGGGCUACGUGGUGACGCGCUGGUACAGAGCCCCAGAAGUCAUUCUGAACUGGAUGCAUUACAACCAGACAGUGGAUAUCUGGUCUAUUGGCUGUAUCAUGGCAGAAAUGCUGACCGGGAAAACGCUGUUUAAAGGAAAAGACUACCUAGAUCAACUGACUCAGAUCCUGAAAGUAACGGGCCAUCCAGGAGAAGACUUCGUGGAGAAGCUGGAGGACAAAGCGGCGAAGAGCUAUAUCAAGUCCCUUCCUAAAAUCCCUAAGAAGGAUUUGUCUGUGCUUUUUCCCAAAGCCAGUCCUCAGGCAGUGGACCUGCUUGACAAGAUGCUGCAGCUGGAUGUGGAAAAGCGCCUUACGGCGACGGAGGCGUUGGCUCACCCCUAUUUCGACCAGUUCCGAGACGUCGAGGAGGAGACAGAAGCCCAACAGUCCUACGAUGACUCUCUGGAACACGAAAAGCUUUCGAUAGACGAGUGGAGAAAGCAUAUUUACAAGGAGAUCUUGUCCUUCAGUCCCAUCGCACGGAAGGACUCGAAGAAGCGAAGUGGGAUGUCAUUAUAGCGACCGGCGCGGCCGUGGCUGGGAUUCACUUCUCCCGGAUGAUGGAGCGGAUCCACUCCACGCUGCCGUGCUGGUGGCCAUCGUUUGGCCUGUGGGACUUCUCUGGGUGCCAACGCAAGGAUGACGCCGUGCUGUGGGCAUUGGACUUUAUUCUACUAAAGGGGGAAGCACCCCAAACAGUUUUCAAGACAAAAGAUAAAUAUAUUCUCAUUGAAACUUUAACUGGGAGAAUUUUACCUGGUGUUUCUUUAUUACUUUUUUUUUUUAUUUGUCCACUUAAGAGAGCGGCGGUUUCAUUGCUCUUUUCUCUUUAGGCUUUCCAAGCACAGGUUUUAGUACAUUAAUUAUGGAUAAGGUAAAGAAAAAGGGAAAAUUGUCUGGGAAGUGAGUCCAAGGCAAAAUAAUCAGAAAUAGUGAAAUUCAGCAUAACAAGACUUUAUCCAACCCAACUCCGCGUGCAGACAAGCAGCAUCCAGCACAGCGAGGGUGCUGGGACGGUCUCGGUGCCAGGACACCACAGGAGUCCAGUCCAUCAUGGGACCGGUCUGUGUUCAGAGCAGCUCCAAACCCUUGCUAUACACGCGACUCCCUGCUACGGUGCUUCCCCCUCCAGACAGCUGCUGCCUCCUCUUUUUUUUUUUUUUUUGCUCUGUUUAUUUCAUUCCCUGCGUUUUGAAUAGUGCCAUCUCCUCCUUAUUGCUAGCAAACACAUCCCGGGACUUCAAGGCCAUUUCCCACAUUGAUAGACCAGGUAUCCCACGGAGCUGGGUUAUAAUCUACCCGUCCUGCUGCCCUUCCUUUGUGCCCAGCUGGUUUCCCCAAUGGUUCUCCCUCCACCACACUUAUCUCUGGCUGAGCACCCUCUCCCUGGAGUCACCCUGCCUGCUCCAGGCUGCCUUUAUCUCCCU